CGGAGUUCACAGAGUCACGGAAAACAACGAGCGUUAUACGAAUCUCGAAACCGAAACAUGUCGUUGCAUUGUUGGGUUUAAAUUCGGCAACUUCAAGCAAAAUAAAUUGAAUGUCACCACGUUUGUUGAUAGAAUGAAAACGGUCAUGCGACGUUUGAAAUUUUGAUGGAUAAAAAGUGCACAAAUGUUUAGAUCAUUUCUCAAGUUUAUUUUGUUUUUUAUUAGUUAAGCUCACGAGUGAUGUAAGGAUAGCAACAUUGUUCAGUGUUAUGAUGAUUGUUAAUUAAUAUCCUGUUAGUACAAACAGUAGUAGUGCAAGUUGGAACAAUAAAGGGAAACAAAGAAAAUCUACACAGUGUUUAAGUAUUAUAAAUGGCCCUAUUAUUCACAAGCAUGUGGGACUCUACAAUGUUUUUGAACACCUUAACCCCAAAAUUUUAUGUCGCUCUCACCGGGACGUCGUCGUUGAUUUCUGGAUUGAUCCUUAUUUUCGAGUGGUGGUACUUCAGAAAAUAUGGCACGUCUUUUAUCGAACAAGUGUCUUUAAAUCAUAUUUCACCAUGGAUUGGUGGAGGUGACAGUGGGUCGGAUGGAAGUAAUUCAAGUUUAAAUGGCUCAAAUUCGAAUCAACAAAACGUUCCGGAAUGUAAAGUCUGGCGCAAUCCGAUCAACUUGUUUAGAGGGGCCGAGUAUCAAAGAUUUUUUUGGGCCACCAACAAAGAUCCGUUAACAUAUUACGAUAUGAAUUUAUCUGCUCAAGAUCAUCAGACAUUCUUUACCUGCGAAGGUGACACAGGUAAGGCUGAAUAUGAAAUAAUGCAAACAGCCUGGAGAGAACGUAACCCGGUAGUGCGAAUAAAAGCAGCGCAUAGCGCUCUCGAUCAUAAUGCUGACUGUGCUCCCGCGUAUAUAUUACUUGCCGAAGAGGAAGCUAGUACUAUCGUGGAAGCGGAAAAGAUUUUGAAGCAAGCGUUGAAGGUGGCUGAAAACAAUUACAGGAAAUCUCAAAAUACUCAACAUCAAGGAUCGCUUGCCGAAGCUAUCCACAGGAGAGACACGAACGUACUGAUAUACAUUAAACGACGAUUAGCUAUGUGUGCGAGAAAGUUAGGAAAACUGAAAGAAGCUGUAAAAAUGUUUAGAGAUUUAACAAAAGAAGUUCCACCAAUUAUGAAUGUGUUAAACAUUCAUGAGAAUUUAAUCGAAGCUUUAUUAGAGAUGCAAGCGUACGCCGAUGUCCAAGCAGUAUUAGCAAAAUACGAUGACAUAAGUCUACCAAAGUCAGCAACCAUUUGUUACACAGCCGCGUUACUGAAAGCAAGGGUGGUCGCUGAUAAAUUUUCAACCGAUAUUGCUAUUAAAAGAGGCUUAACCACUCCAGAAAUGAUAGCUAUCGAAGCUAUUCACAGAGCUGUCGAGUUCAAUCCUCACGUACCUAAGUAUUUACUAGAAAUGAAGCCUUUAAUUUUACCACCGGAACACGUGCUGAAAAGAGGAGAUUCGGAAGCGAUAGCGUACGCAUUUUUUCACCUUGCGCACUGGAAACAGAUGGAAGGUGCUCUUAACUUAUUGCAUUGCACUUGGGAGGGUACAUUCAGAAGGUUACCUUAUCCUUUGGAAAGGGGGCAUUUAUUUUAUCCAUAUCCAACCUGCACAGAAUGCGCGGAUCGUGAACUUUUACCUCCGUUUCACGAUGUCAGCGUCUAUCCUAAAAAGGAGUUGCCAUUUUUUAUUUUAUUUACAGCAGGUUUAUGUUCCUUUACAGCACUCCUAGCGCUUUUAACUCAUCAGUAUCCCGAUACCAUGGGUGUAGUAGCACGAUCAAUGCUUGCCUGGUUUUCACAUCCAUUUUAUUAUAUUUUAGACAAAUUGGAAGCGAUCUUGCCUUCUAAUUUAUUACAACAGCUCUCUAGAAUAUAAGACAUUUGUAUGAUCUCUGUAAUCAUAACUUAUUGUGAUAUUUAUGAUACUUAUGCUUUCAUUGUCAUAUACAUCAAUUAUAUAUAUGUAUAUAUAUAUAUAUAUAUAUAUAUAUAUACAUACACACACACACAUAUAUAUAUAUAUAUAUAUAUAUAUAUAUAUAUAUGUAUAUAUAAAUAUGUACAUCCGUACUUCCCGAAUUUCUUAUGACUGAUAUCCUAAUGCGUAUUUAUAGAAUCAAUUAUUUACUUAAUGUUGUUAGUUUAAAAAAGCGUUGUGUAGCGAUCGAUGUACAAUUAAUAAAAAUUUGAAUAUCUUUGA